GGGCCGCUCGGCCGCGCCCGCUGGCGGAAGCUGCGCUCCGCCGGGCUAGAGACGCUCUGGUCGAGGGACCUCCGCGCUGCAGCAGCUGCUUUCGGUGGCUCGCCGGCUGACCGGCUUCCCACCGCAGGGCCAAUGCAGCGCUUAGCGAUGGACCUACGGAUGCUCUCCAGGGAGCUCUCCCUCUAUCUGGAGCACCAAGUCCGGGUUGGGUUCUUCCGCUCGGGAGUGGGCUUAUCCCUGAUCCUGGGCUUCAGCGUCGCUUACGCCUGCUAUUACCUGAGCAGCAUUGCCAAGAAGCCCCAGUUAGUGACGGGGGGUGAGAGCUUCAGCCGCUUCCUCCAGAACCACUGUCCCGUGGUGACAGAAACGUACUACCCAACGGUCUGGUGCUGGGAGAGUCGAGGGCAGACACUCCUGAGACCUUUCAUCACUUCUAAGCCCUCGGUGCGGUACAGGAAUGAACUUAUUAAAACUGCAGAUGGAGGACAGAUUUCACUGGACUGGUUUGAUAAUUGUAACAGUAGAUGUUAUAUGGAUGGCACCACCAGACCUACUAUUUUAUUGUUGCCUGGCCUCACGGGAACAAGCAAGGAAUCGUAUAUCCUUCAUAUGAUCCAUCUUAGUGAAGAUUUGGGAUACAGAUGUGUGGUUUUUAACAACAGAGGAGUGGCAGGGGAGAAUCUCUUGACACCAAGGACUUACUGUUGUGCUAACACUGAAGACCUGGAGACAGUUAUUCACCACGUGCACAGUCUGUACCCUUCCGCUCCUUUCCUGGCAGCAGGGGUUUCGAUGGGAGGAAUGCUGCUUUUGAAUUACCUGGGCAAAAUUGGGCCAAAAACUCCAUUGAAGGCAGCUGCAACUUUUUCAGUUGGUUGGAAUACUUUUGCUUGCUCUGAGUCAUUGGAGAAACCACUCAACUGGCUGCUUUUUAAUUAUUAUUUGACAACUUGCCUCCAGUCUUCAGUUAAUAAGCACCGGCAUAUGUUUGUGAAACAAAUCGACAUGGAUCAUGUCAUGAAGGCUAAAUCCAUCAGAGAAUUUGAUAAGCGAUUCACUUCAGUCAUGUUUGGAUACCAAACAAUUGAUGAUUAUUAUACUGAUGCCAGCCCGAAUCGUAGACUGAAAUCAGUAGGAAUUCCAGUGUUGUGUCUGAAUUCUGUGGAUGAUGUUUUCUCACCAAGUCAUGCUAUUCCAAUUGAAACUGCCAAGCAAAACCCUAACGUUGCUUUGGUCCUUACUUCUUAUGGAGGCCAUAUUGGUUUUCUGGAGGGAAUCUGGCCGAGGCAGUCCACUUACAUGGACCGAGUCUUCAAGCAGUUUGUGCAGGCCGUGGUUGAGCACGGACAGGAGCUCUCAAGCACGUAGCUCCUUAGGUGCAUCGUAUCUGAACCACCAUAUGAGGCAGCUCAGCUUAGUGCACAAAUCUGAACUACGUAUACGGAGCAACGAGCCAGCAGGUGGUAAAGAGGUCCAGAAUGACAUGCAAAAACUACUUUUUUGGGGAAACAAAACUUUGUAGCAAGACAUGAAAUAUAGAUUUAGAUUGUAACUUAUGUAGAUUUUAUUUUUACUAUGCCUUACCAAGUAUGACCUUAAAUGAAGUAGUCAAACAUGGAAUUGCACUUAACCAAAACUAUUGUGUAAAAAAGGUUUUAAUUCCUCAGGGUUUUAAUUUAGGCUGGUAUUUUUUUAGAUUACUCAUUUUAGGGUGACUUAAUGGUACUUUAAUAACUGUUAAGAGAUUUUGGUUAUUUGAAUGUAAGUUAUAAGUUGGCACAUUCCUAAGGGUAUUUAUACCUGAUGAUAAUGUGAACACUGAAAUAAGACAAAAUACAAUGCGCUAAAUCUUUUAUGUAUUCUAACUUUAAAAGGCAACUGUAACAAUGUUAGACUGACUGUACAUGCUCUUUUACUCUGAUAAUAAAUUAAGGCUGAUUUAUGUUUUAUAACGA